AGAACAAGAAAACUGAACGGAUACCCUACCCAGACAAACUUUCAAAAGCUGCUAGGGAACGAUAUUAUGCCAAGUUAGCCUCCAUAAACAACAUUGAUCCAUACCAAGUGAGAGCUAAUAGUUGGCAGUCUGACGCAGAACUCCUACCUCCAACUACCUCUCUGGAUAUUACCAACUACCUUGUGUAUGGGAUAAGCGCUUACACUUUUUCAGAAUUUCGGAACUACAAAUCCCUUGAAGCCCAUGGGCACUUUUCAAAUGGCUGGGUGCAGGAUCUCUUGUCAUUUCAACCAGAUGAAUGUACAAACACGAUUGUCACAACCAAGGUCCUUCAUUCCCAACGUCUUAAUGAUACCCCACUGAAACCCUGGGCCAUCAUUGAACCAACAGGGGCCAUACUAUCAGGUCACUGUACAUGUAUGGCUGGAAUCGCAGAGACAUGCACACAUGUUGCAGCUAUGCUGUUCAAGCUGGAGGCUGUCAUCAGAUGCAGAGAGACAGUUACAGUGACUGGCCAACCUGCUUACUGGAUGAUACCCAGCAACGUUUCUAAGGUGGGAGCAGAAGCUGGGCACAGAAUAGACUUCACCACUCCGAACUCCAAACGAAAGUCCUUGAAUAAAAUCCUGGAUGGUGAAGGAACAAGCAUGCCAAGUCCAAGGGCAUCCUCAAGCACCUGCCCACAUGGCAUUGCCACAGAGGAUCAGUGGACCUCCUACCUGGCUGGAAUACACACGAUAACGCCGAAAGCUGCAGUUCUUUGUACUUAUCCUGACUAUUAUGAAGCAUUUGUUGAUCCUGUGCAACCAUUCUUUGCACCAAAGUCACUCUGCCAACUACGGGAUGAGAAAUUUCAAAAUACUGAACUGUCUGCUUUGCUUCUACAUUGCAAAACCUUAGCAGACAAGGCUGCAGUUACACCAGAGCAAGCACACUACAUUGAAAAGAACACAAGAAAGCAGCAAAAUUCUUCAGCUUGGCAUCACUUCCGUGCAGUGGCGGCUGCCUGCACUCACAACCAUAAAAGCAGUUUGCCAUCUGAACAACAGCAACAGAGCAGGCCGCUGCGCUGCCACAACAUGGGGACUUCAAAAUGA